CUUAACCACAUGUGAUAGAUAGAGAUCUAAUCAACUGGAGUAUCAGUCUUUUAAUCAAAGUUCGUUAUUAGACACUUAAUUUCAUCUGGGGCUCUUCUCUUACGCCAAACAAGAAGCCACACGCAUCUAAUGUAAAUUUAAAUGGCAGCCUCAUUCUAUCUAAAAGGCAACAGGAUGAGCUAUCUUUGGUGUAUCCCAAACUCUCGUUUCAGUAGGCAGUGUGCUACUGUAUCCAGUGUCACGCAACACCCAAUCUCAUCGGCAAUUAGAACUUCCAUUUUUGAAAAUAAAAAAAUACUUCCAUUUUCUUCGUUUUUAACUGAUUCAUAUGGUAGACAACAUAAUUACCUUAGAAUUUCCUUAACAGAGAGAUGCAACCUGAGAUGCCAGUAUUGCAUGCCAGCUGGGGGUGUUGACUUGACUGCUAAAGAUAAAUUACUGUCUACUACAGAAAUUGUAAAAAUUGCAUCAGCUUUUGUAGAAGAAGGAAUAGAUAAAAUAAGGUUGACUGGUGGGGAGCCAUCUAUCCGUCCUGAUAUUGUUGAGCUUGUUGGGCUGCUGAAAGCAUUAGAUGGUUUGAAAACCUUAGCUAUGACUACUAAUGGAUUACUUUUAACAAGAAAAUUAUCUGCUAUGAAAGAAGCUGGUUUAAACAUGCUUAAUAUCAGCCUUGACACACUUAUACCAGCCAAGUUUGAGUUUAUUACGCGUAGGAAGGGACUUGAAAAAGUUCUUCAAGGUAUUGAUCUUGCUUUGGAAAUGGGCUACGAUCCAGUUAAGCUAAACUGUGUCGUGAUGCGGGGACUGAACGAUGACGAAUUACAUAGCUUUGUUGAACUAACCCGCGAAAAACAUAUUGAUGUACGCUUUAUCGAGUACAUGCCUUUUGAAGGAAAUAAGUGGAACGAUAAAAAAAUGGUACCUUAUCACGAAAUGUUAGAAAUUAUUAAACAAAAAUACUGUGACUUACGGCGCAUGGAAGAUGCCGCCAAUGACACAUCGAAAGCCUAUUUCGUUCCUGGAUACCGCGGAAAAAUUGGUUUCAUAACAUCCAUGUCAGAACACUUUUGUGGAUCCUGUAAUCGUUUGAGACUCACUGCUGAUGGUAAUCUUAAAGUGUGCCUUUUCGGAAAUGCUGAGACCUCACUGAGAGACCUGUUGAGGAAUGGGGCAACAAAAGAGGAACUGAUUACUGUUAUCGGCCAAGCGGUUGGACGAAAGAAAAAGCAGCACGCCGGAAUGUCCAAUUUACCUUCGAUGAAAAAUCGCCCUAUGAUUUUGAUCGGUGACUCCAAUAGUGUGUUGACAGGGAGUAUAUUAGCCAUGGGUUCCAUCCGUCCUUACUGCACCGAUAGAGGAGACCACUUCAGCAACCAUGACGAUUACCUUGAUGAUCCGUGGACAACGUACAGAAAAACGCAUGCAUCUUUGCUUCAAGCAUCUUCGUUUUUUAACGUCUCUACUCGAAGAACCAACCUAUCUCAAGAAACACGUGAACACCCCACUCAAAAUGCAAACGACCAAGCUAAGUUGACUCACGUCGAUCUUCACGGGCAGGCUAGAAUGGUCGAUAUAACUGAAAAGCCAUGGACAAUUCGGCGGGCUACUGCGCAGGCUGUCGUCUGGAUUGGGCCUGAGGCAUUUCGUUUAGUAGAUGAAAAUCUGAUUAAUAAAGGAGAUGUUCUUAAAGUUGCCGAAAUAGCAGGCAUCACCGGUGGCAAGUUGACUUCACAGUUGAUCCCUCUUUGUCAUCCUAUCUCUCUUCAUCAACUGAGUGUUCGCUUAUCGCUGGACUCAAAAAAUAAUUCUGUUAUAAUAGAAAGUAAUGCUGUCACGCAUGGUCCAACAGGGGUCGAAAUGGAAGCUCUGACGGCCGCGUCAGUUGCAAGCUUGACAAUAAUUGAUAUGGUGAAAGCAGUGACAAAAGAAGCAGAAAUACGUAAUCUCUAUUUGGUCAGUAAAUCGGGAGGAAGUCGAGGCGACUUUAAGCGUACCAACAAUGACAAUGUGCCAUUCCCCUGUUAAGUUUAAAAUGUUCUAUAUUUUGUUGAAACGACAGAAAAUAAAAUUAAAAAUUUA